AUGGCGGGGAUCGCAGCGAGCUGCCCGAAAUUGGAAAAACUGAAAUUAGAGACGGGUUGGACUGGCUUCAACGUCAACGGUCGAGUGUGGCGAAAGAUCGCGAAGCACUGCCCGCUCUUGACCUCCCUCGAGCUAAACUCGCGCCGUGCGCGCUCGCGUCUCUCCUACACAGGGAAGCCGCCACUCCCCCCCGUGCACCUCCUCCCUUCACUGCAGUCCCUCAAACUGCUCUGCAUUCCCUCGGACUUACUCUACAUUUCCCGCUGCUCCUCCCUCACCUCUCUCACCCUCUGCGCCCCUGAUUCUUCCGAGCUUUCCUCCCUUGCAUUCACCUCCUCCUCCCUUGUCUCCUCCUCCUCGUCCCGCUCUUCCCGUGCUUCCUUCUCCUCACCUGCCCUCCCCACUCCCCCCUCCCUGCUCGCGUCCUCCCCCCCAUCCCCUCUCCGCACGUCUCUCACAUCUCUCACCAUCCACUCCGCCGAUCUGCAGGGCUCCCUCGCUUCCCUCGCCUUCUUCCCUUCCCUCUCCUCCCUCUCCCUCCACUCCUGCACCAUCGACCCAUACGAGCUCCGCUCCCUCUCGCGCUCCCUCCACUCCCUCACCCACCUCACAAUCCACUCCUCCCCACUCAUUUCCACCGAUUCCCUCGCCCCCAUUCUCCAAGCCAAUCUUUCUCUCUCCUCCCUCUCCCUCCACGGAACAACUUACCGUUUGUUCAGAGUAAAGGGCUUCCGCUCCCUCCUCUCUCGCUGCUCCUCCCAGCUCCACUCCCUCCACCUCGCUGGUCUACCCUGCUUCCGCCCGGGCAUGCUUGCAGACUGCACGCACCUACGCUCGCUGAGCGUGGAAGGGGUGAUAGAGUCUAAGGAGAACCUACUGCCAAACAAUGUGUCUCUGGACUGCCUAGUGAGUAUGCUGGUACGCGUGGAGCAGACGGGGGUUGCGGGAGGGGAGGCAGGAGGGGAGGCAGGAGGAGAGAGUGGAGCGGAAGGGUGGGAGAAUGGACAUGCAGGUGUUUCUGCAGCAGCAAGCGCUGCAGGUGUUUCUACAGGUAGUGGGAGCAGCAAGCGCUGCAGGAAAUAUGUGGAUUUCUGCACAGAGGCAGCGGCGGCUCAGGCUGACAAAAUUGCAGCAGCCACUGACGUAGUUGACCUUUUCAAAGCAGCCGACGAAGCCGCAAAGGCCGCCCGUUACGACGCGCACUGGGCGGCCUUCAUUGUUGGCGAGAACGCUGUGCCUCGGAUCGCCGCCAGCCUCGGAAAGAUCAGGUCCGGGAUUUCGGCGUGCCGGUCCUUCUCUGCUGGGAUCAGGGCGUCCAAUGCGGCUGUUGAAUGGGAGGAGAAGCUGAUGAGCGCAUUCAAUGCAAAUGCUGCUGCUGAUUCCAAUUCAGAUGCUGCUGCUGCUGCUGAUUUGAAUAUAGAUGCUGCUGCUGCUGGCUGCAAUACUGCUGUUGGUCAGGCGGCAGGAUUCUUCUCUACGGAGCUGAAUGGUGGAGAAGAGGACGGGGAUGGGGAGGCGGAAGAAGGAGAUGACUUCAGGGGCAUUGAUGGCAUGCUGCCUGAUGAUGGCCUGCCUGAGGGUGUGCUGGGUGGGGUGUGGUCCAGUGCGGUGGAGACACGUGAAGAGGGGUUGGGUAGGCAACGGGAGCUUCUGGAGGAACUGGAGGAGCAGUUUUCUGCCAUGCCCGCCAGCUUCCAGUCGUUGCGCCAACUUAACACGGCUCUUAGAGCCACGCUGGCGCCACCAGUGGCGGAUGCAGCAGCAGCAGCACAGGAAGAUGUAGCAGCAGGAGCAGUGGAGGCAGCACCAGGGGAGGCAGCACUAGGGGAGGCAGCACCAGGGGAGGCAGCACUAGGGGAGGCAGCACCAGGGGAGGCAGCGGCAACACCAGGGGAUGGAAAGCAGUCAGGUAGCAGAAAGUCAACAGGCAAGCGCUCUGAAGGGUGCCAGUCAGCAGUCCCUGUGCAAGUGUUCUGUCCUCGCCUGGAGUCCCUAUCCCUUGAAGUGUUCUACUUCUCCACUACUCCCCACACCUGGCUGCCACCAACCCUUCCCUCUGCGCCUCCUCUGAUGUAUCUCUCCUCCCCCCUGCUUUCCUCUUUCCACACAUCGUCCUCCUCCACCUCCUCUUGCCUCUCCCCUUCCUCUGACUCCGCUGCCCGAAGCCCAAGCGUUCAGGCAAUGUCCUUUCAUUCCAUUGCUCGAGCUGCUGUUUUUGGACAGCUGAAGCGCCUCUCCUUGGUGUGCUGUCUAGGGUUGGAGGAGCAGGAAUGGCUGAAACUACUCACUGCUUGUGUUAAGUUGGAGGAGCUAAAGGUGCAGCAAAACGACAAGUUCUCGGAUGCAGUUAUGGCGGGAAGCAGACUGAGUAUGCUCACUAGUUUGACUGUGCUCGGGUGUCCUAAGAUCACUGCAGCAGGCGUUGGAGAGGUUCUUGGAAGCUUUCCCAGGUUGCAGUAUUUGAAGGUGGACGUUGGGAAGGUUGGGGAAAGGGCUCGGAGGGAGUUGCUUCGUGCUGGUGUGGUUGUGAGGCUCUUGGCAUCACUGGAGUUGAACUCCCCCUCUGUGCGCUCGCGUCUCUCCCAAACACAGCAGCCGCCACUCCCUCCCGUGCACCUACUCCCCUCACUACAGUCCCUCUCUCUCCUCUACGUUCCCUCCGAAUUUCUCCCCAUUACCCGCUGCUCCUCCCUCACCCUCCUCACCCUCUGGGGUCCUGAAUCCUCCACUCUUUCUGCCCUUGCCUUCUCCUCCUCCUCCUCCCUCGUCUCCCCAUCCACCUCCUCCUCCCGUGCUUCCCUCUCCUCCACUUCCUCCUCUGUUGCGUCCUCCUCCCCGUCCUCUCUCCGCACGUCCCUCUCGUUCCUCACUAUUCACUCCGCCCUAACGCCAGGCUCUUUCGCACCCCUUGCCCUCUUCCCGUCCCUCUCCUCCCUCGGCCUCCCAUCCUUGCGCCCGGGCUUGCUUGCAGCCUGCAGUGCCCUGCGGUCGCUCAGUCUAGAAAGGGUGGUCGAUUGUGCCUCAGACUCCUUAGUGCCACGCAUUGUAUCAUUGGACGGCCUUGUGGGUAUGCUCGUGCGGGUGGAACGGAGAGGAUGGGAGGCAGGAGGGGAUUCAAGGGAGGAGGCAGAAGGGGAUGGUGGAGCAGACGUAUCGGAGAAAGCACAUCAGAGUGUUUCUGCUGCAGCUUCAGCAGCACGGGUAUUUCCAAGAGGGAACGACAAGCAGUGGGGGAGGUAUGUGGAUAUUCGCAGAGAGGCAGAGGCAGCGCAGGAGGAUAAGCUAGCAGCAGUAGGCGAUGUGGUCCGCCUUUCUCGAGUAGCCAUUGAAGCCUCCAAAACCGCGCGCUCCGAUGCACUCUCAGCGGUGCGUGUGGAGAGUGAAAUCUCCGUGCCUCGGAUCGUUGCUAGCCUUGAGAAGAUGAGGUUCGGGAUCUUGGCAUGCCGGUCGUGCUGCGCCGGGGUAUGUGAGGCCAAUGCGGUGAUCAAGUGGGAGGAGGCGAUUGCUGCUGCUGCUGCUGCUGCUGCUGCUGCUGCUGUUGCUGCUCCUCUCCAUGUAGCAGGAUUUUUUACUACGGAGCUGAAUCCUGAAGAAGAGGAGGAUAGGGAUGGGGAGGAGACAGAAGCAGGAGAUGGAAGCAGGGACAUGGAUGACAUAGGGGUUGGAGAGGCUGCGGGCGCUGAUGAGCUGCGUGAACACAAUGACGCCAUGUCUGCGGGGUUCGAUUCCAUGCGCCGAGUGAUGGCAUCAGUGCUAGUUGGAGGUGGGGCGGCAACACCAGGAGGAGGAGAUGGAGCAUCAGGGGGUGGGGCAGCAGCAGGAGGUGGGGCAGCAGCAGCAGGAGGAGGAGGUGAAGCAGCAGCAGCUCUUGGGGGGGCGGCAGUGCGUGAGGGAAGAGCAGCAGUGCCAGGAGUGAGAGGAGGGGCGGCGGAAGCAUCGCAGCGGGAGGAAAGCACGCUGGAAGACAAAAGGCUGGUAGAGGGGGCAGCAGGGGAUGCAAAACCAAGCAGCGGAAAGUCAAGCCUCGAGCAUUCUGAAGGGAGCCAAGCAGCAGUCCCCGUGGACGUGUUAUGCCCUCCUCUGGAGUCCCUGACCCUUCAGUCCCUCCGCUUCGCUUCCCCGCCCCAUGUCCCCUGGCUGCCUCCCUCCCUUUCUUCUGAGUCUCCCCGCAUGGUUGAAGGAGCACGAAUGGCUGGACCUACUCAGAGCAUGCUUUAA